UAUUGGGUGAGGAUGUAAAGAAUUAUACAUCGAAGAGUUUACUUUUGCUUGACUUGAGUAACAUCCUCCUUAAAUAACUUCUUGUCAUAAGUUGUCACCACCAAAGUCAUCUUGAUUUUCAUCCAAAUUUCACUCUAUUUUCAUUUGGAGGCAAAAGCUUUGGAAACAUACAGCUUCUUGGAAGGCAUAUAGUGGUCUUGAGCAAAGAAAAUUUUACACACACUAUUCCAUAGAAAUAUUGACAUCUUGAAAUCACUUUCUAUCUAUUCAUUUGGUACUUGAACAAUAUGGAGGAAAGAACUGAGAUGGAUAUUAAUAAGGUUGAUGAUUUGAUGCCUGGCUUUCGUUUUCAUCCCACAGAUGAAGAGCUUGUUGGUUUUUACCUCAAGAGAAAAAUUCAGCAAAAAUCUCUUCCUAUUGAACUUAUUAAGCAAGUGGAUAUUUACAAACAUGAUCCAUGGGACCUUCCAAAAGAGCUAGCAAGUAGUGGUGAAAAAGAAUGGUAUUUCUAUUGUCCAAGGGACAGAAAAUAUAGAAACAGUUCAAGACCUAAUAGAGUUACAAGAGCUGGAUUUUGGAAGGCAACUGGAACUGAUAGACCUAUAUACUCAUCAGAUGGAAAAUGCAUUGGUUUGAAGAAGUCACUUGUCUUCUAUAAGGGUAGAGCUGCCAAAGGGAUGAAAACUGAUUGGAUGAUGCAUGAGUUUAGGCUACCUUGCAUUUCAGAUUCAAACUCUCCUCCUAAAAAGUUUUCAGAUAAAAGUUUCUCUCCAAAUGAUUCAUGGGCAAUAUGUAGGAUCUUCAAGAAAACCAAUUCCCUUUCCAUGGUACAAAAAGCAUUGUCUCACCCUUGGAUCUCCCAAUUACCAGGAAGUAUGGUUAGUGAAUUACUCACACAAACAACAAACAUCAACCAAUUCUGUUCAGAAAAUAAUAUCUCAUGCACAACAAUAGAACAAGGAUCAUCAGCAGGAACAAACUUACAAAUCAACAAGCAUGAUAUACAACAAGUCUCCAAUACCAUCAACAAUUUCUCAGCUUCAGAUUUUCCAAAUUACAAACCAAUCAACAACAUCAACACAAUUUCCAAAUCCUCACAAAUUCAGGUUCCUAAUGGAGACAUUAUUGAUAACCUAAUGUUCUACACACUUGACGCCAAUGGUUCCACAAAGUGCACAAUUGAUGAUAGUUCAAUUCUUUCCAACACUAACUAUAUUGGUUUUGAAGAUGCAAAUAAUCAAUAUAAUGGCUUCUCAAUUAGUUUACCUCAAGAUAUGCAACCAAACAUUGUGAAUAUUCAAGAUCAAAUGCAGCUUAAUCAAUGGGAAAAUCUUGGAAGAACAAUUGAAUUUCCAUUCAAUUUGUCUCCAAGUUUUGAUGCUUUGAGGACAAGUGUUACAUGGGACUCACCACCUUGCACCAGUGAAAUGUCCACAACCUUUGUCACUAGUAAAUGUUACACUUAGGAUAAUGUGUUUGGAUUUAUGUGUCAAAUUAAUGUACCAAACAUAUACUUAAAACCAAAUUGGGGACAAUUUAUAGGGGUAGUUAGGUACUGGUUAUAGCAAGCUAUAGUUAUAGUGUGGUUGAUUAUCAUUUUUACCAAUUAGUAUAUUUACCAAUAAAAUCAUUACCAUUUUAAUUGGUUGUGAUUUUACUUGUAAAUGUACAUGUUUUAUUUGUUUAUAUGUACAUUAAAACCAGUACUACCCUGCAGGAACAUAGAAAAAGAAUACCAAAUGUAUAAUAGGGGUGUAGUGUUUAUAUAUGAUAAGGUCAUGUACAAAGAAUAGAUACAAAAAUAUUUCCAAGGGCUUAGCAAAAAA